AUGAAAACCUUGAUUUUUGCUCGAAAUUGCAGGUUUGUUAUUGCGACUUUUGCAACGAUCUUGUGAAAGGUCCUCGUUAAUAAUAUGUGUUUACAAAACGUGCUUUCAGGAGAUCGAUCACUAUCAUGUUGUCCUUGCGAAGCUCGGCUCCAUUAUUGCGAAGGUAAACACAUUUAUUUACAAUUGUUUUUUUUUGGUUUAGUUACAGUCUAUCAAACAUCAAAGUAUUGUUUCAAAAUUUGGGGCGUAUCAAGUUGUACGAUGCGUUUGGACUUGAAUUUGUUUACAAAAAGUCGAAGAGGAUAUUAAAGAUUGUUUUAGUUGUGCUAAAGAUAUAUUGGGGUUUAAAAGCGUAUUUUUUGGGAUCAAAUUAUAUUGCACUACAUUUAUUUCUACCGGAAUAUAGAAAAACAAGCUUUACUAAAUUUUAUUGCCCAUACUUACUUUAUAUUGAUCUAAAAAGAAUUAUUAGAUACAAAUCGACGAUAUAAUUUGCUAAAAAGGCUUAUAAAACCUAAAAAUAUUAUAUUAGAUCAAAAAUUGUGAAUUUACUUAUAACAAAAUGAAAAGAAUAUCUGUUUGCAGCGCCAGCCGUUUGGUGACCGCUAGCCGCGAGAAGCAUGUUCUACCGGACUUGCCAUACGAUUAUGGAGCUCUGGAGCCGGUGAUCUCGGCUGAAAUCAUGCAAUUGCAUCACCAAAAGCAUCACGCAACUUAUGUUAAUAACCUUAACCAAGCCGAAGAGAAGUCCCACGAAGCUCUGUCGAAGGGAGAUCUUCGCAAUGCCAUUGCUUUGCAAGUAAGUGUACUUUAUAAUUUUGUUAGGGCUGUUAUAGUCUUAUAGAAUGGCAUUUUGAUUUACUUCAUUCUUUUAGGGAGCUCUGAAGUUUAACGGUGGUGGCCACAUUAACCACAGCAUUUUCUGGACCAACUUGAGCAAAGAUGGAGGUGAGCCGGCUGGAGAGCUUUUGCAACAGAUCAAAAAAGACUUUGGAUCAGUUGAGAAGUUGCAAGAGAAGUUGUCAGCCGCCACCGUAGCCGUUCAAGGAUCCGGAUGGGGUUGGUUGGGCUACAACAAGGAGAGCAAGAGGCUUCAGAUCGCUACAUGUGCCAAUCAGGACCCAUUGGAGCCUACUACUGGUAAGCGGAAGGGUUAAAAAUGGAAAACAAAGAUUAGAAAUUGAAACUUAAGAAUUUUUUUUUAUUUUUAAGUAAAGUUAACGUUUAAAAUGGUUUUUUAUUAACCAGUAGCUUACAAUAUUAACAAUGAUAACCUUUAAAUCUAGUACAAUAUUAUAGUAGCAUAUAAAUCAUGCCUAAUAUUACUCUAAACUCAAAAUGAAGUCUGCUAUUAUACUAAACUCAACAUGAAGUCCAAUAUUAUACUAAAAUCUCGUCUUCAGGCCUUGUACCACUCUUCGGUAUCGACGUUUGGGAACACGCCUACUACCUUCAAUACAAGAACGUCAGGCCGGACUAUGUGAAAGAGAUUUGGAAGGUGGCCAACUGGAAGAACGUGGACGAACGCUACCAAAACGCCCGCAAGGAAUAA